CAAGUUUAGUCUUCAGUCUGUUUUAGUGAACUGUACACAUUGGUCAAAGCAGAUCGUUUCUAACCGUCAUGGAGUCUGUACUGUGGUUAGCCUUGAUUUCAGCUGGGUGUCUGGCUAGUGUCGAGGCUGGUCCAGUUUCUAGGCAAAGCACGUUUGUUGAAAUAGACGCACAGCUAUUGGAACGCAUUGAACUGACCACUGAGGAAAUAGCGAGGAAUUCAACCAAAGAAUUCGUAGAUCACGAAGUUCAGGCCAUGAUUGAUCUGUUCAUAGAAAAUUUAAACAUCACGAUCGCCGACUUACAGCGAUAUUCCAGUCUCCGGAAUAGUUCGGACUUCGAUGAUACGCUAAUGAAAGAAUAUCAAAAAAAAGGAUUGAUAAUGUACGAAAACACUGCCAUAACUGUAGAUUACGUAGCAUACAAAAUUGAUGUUCUGACAAAGCCUAUCGAGGAACUUGAACAGCUUGAAAAAUACAUAAUUGAUGAGGAAAAAAGAUUAAAAAAUCUUUCCAACGAUUCAUUAGAAAAAAAAACUAAAUCAGUUUUGGAAAAAAUACAGACGACCAAGAGGUUUAUCGGCAAUCACGUGAACCAUUUAAAAGAAAUCAAUGACAUAUUAAAAGGUCUUGGUCAAAAGCUGAUGACAACAUUAAAAGUUUCCCGUCAACCCAACUAAUGAAGAUCAGUUUUUAAUUGAGCGAAGUGUCAUCGUGUUACGUAUUAACUUAAAAUUUAAUUAUAUUUUUUAUUAACAUUAGAAGUUAUAAUAAUAAGAGGUACAAUAAUCAGUAAUUCAGAUUUAAUAUUUUUUUAAUUAUUACACGACAUUUUAAGAAUUGUUUAAGUAGUAUUACAUUUAAAUAUUUCAUUAAAUUUCAAGAUUUAAAUACAAUAUCAUGGACACAAG